UUACGUUCUACCGUUGCAGGCGGUCAUUCGGACUCCGUUCUUACCACGUGAGCUUUUAUGCCCGGUGGCACUAGCGUAGCUACACUUGACCCAAGGGGAGGCUGCUUUUAAAAAUCUUUCUUUGCUAUUAACGUUAAAGCGCUCGAUGCACAAAUCCUUAAUAUAAUUCCCUCCCAAACAGCAAAAACAACUAGAGCUGGCUAGGUGCUGUAAGAAGCUCUCAGCUCUCAAAUUUGAAUCCCAUUCCUUCACUACUGCUUCCACCGCUCUCUCUCUCCAAAGCCACUUGAAGACACAACGACCAUCCUCACUCCCAUGCCUAUGGGAAACCCAUGGCUUUCAAGCCCUUUGGAACCACCCGAAUUCCGAAUUCCAGAAUUUCCUUCAAAAGGGUUUCUCAGAAAUCACCAGCGAGAUUGCCGGGAAAGCAUUGCACGCGCUUUGCAUAAAGGGUUCUACCCAUCUCAGUAUAUUCCACGCAAAUACAUUGAUAAGCAUGUAUUCGAAACUGGGCAGAAUAGAUCGCGCGCAUUAUGUAUUCGACGAAAUGUCUCACAGGAAUGAAGCUUCUUGGAAUACCAUGAUGUCCGGCUAUGUCCGAGUGGGUCUUUAUGGAGAAGCACUUGGAUUGUUUAGCCAAAUGCGGGACAGAGAAGUUGAGGUAAGUGGGUUUGUCGCUGCGAGUUUGAUAACUGCAUGCAACAGGUCGGAAUAUAUGGUCAACGAGGGACUUCAAAUCCAUUGUUUUGUUCUUAAAAUGGGUUUACUAUGCGAUGUAUUUGUGGGAACUUCUCUUUUGCAUUUUUAUGGCACAUACGGUUUUGCUUCCCAGGCCACGAAAUUCUUUGAGGAGAUGCCUGACCGAAACGUAGUCUCUUGGACGUCAUUGAUGGUUGGUUAUAUAAACAAUGGGGAUCCAGAGAAAGUUUUCAAUAUAUAUCAACGAAUGAGACGUGAAGGGAUUAUUUGUAAUCAAAACACAUUUGCUACCAUAAUUCGUUCUUGUGUGAUGGGUGAUGAUGAAUGCUUGGGCAGUCAACUACUCGGACAAGUUUUAAAAUCUGGACUUGUGGCUAAUGUUUCGGUGGCAAACUCUCUUGUGUCAAUGUUCGGAAGUUUUGCUUGUGUGAGAGAGGCUUGCUAUGUUUUUCAUCACAUGAUUGAACGGGAUACAGUUUCAUGGAAUUCAAUGAUUUCUGCAUAUGCACAUAAUGAUCUUUGCAAGGAAUCACUCGAUUGUUUUCAUUGGAUGCGUUCUGUGGAUGGUGAAUUAAAUGCUACCACACUUUCGAGUUUGUUAUCUGUUUGCAGCACUGUAGAUAAUGUGAAGUGGGGCAGGGGACUUCAGGGCCUUGCUGUUAAACUGGGAUUAGAUUCGAAUAUUUGUGUUUGCAAUAAUCUUCUUACUAUGUAUUCAGAAUCUGGAAGAUUGAAAGAUGCUGAGUUGUUGUUUCGAGAAAUGCCAGAUAUGGAUUUAAUCUCAUGGAAUUCCAUGAUGGCAUGCUAUGCUAGAGAUGGUAAGUGUUUGGACGCCCUAAAACUUUUGGCUGAACUGUUCGAGAAGAAAAUAAUGAUGAACCAUGUCACUUUUGCAAGUGCGUUGGCUGCAUGUUCAAACCCUGAAUUUAUUACUGAAGGCAAGAUUAUCCAUGCAUUUGUCAUCCUUUCUGGCCUCCACAACAAUUUGAUUAUCGGAAACACACUACUUACCAUGUAUGGGAAGUUUGGCAUGAUGGGAGAAGCCAAACGGGUAUCCCAAACAAUGCCUGUUCGAGACACAGUUACUUGGAAUGCACUUAUUGGAGGUCAUGCUGAGAAUGAAAAACCAGAUAAAGCAGUACAAGCUUUUAAAUUGAUGAGAGAAGAAAACAUACAUGCGAACUACAUUACUAUAGUAAAUGUUUUGGGGGCUUGCUUAGAUCCAGAGGAUCUGCUGAAAAUAGGAAUGCCUGUUCAUGCUUAUACAGUGCAGACAGGAUUCGAAUUCGAUGAUUAUGUAAAGAGUUCCCUUAUCUCUAUGUAUGCUAAGUGUCAUGAUCUCAAUUCAAGUAAAUACAUAUUUGAUGGAUUAGAUGAUAAAACCUCUGUCACAUGGAAUGUUAUGAUUGCUGCAAAUGCUCAUCAAGGUAGUGGGGAAGAGGCUUUAAAACUUUUUGCAGAGAUGCAAAACACUGGGGCAGAGUUAGAUCAAUUCAGUUUCUCUGGGGGCUUUGCAGCUACUGCUAAAUUGGCUAUUCUGGAGGAAGGCAAACAACUUCACAGUUUGGUAAUUAAGCUUGGAUUUAACUAUGAUAUCUAUGUAACAAAUGCUGCGAUGGAUAUGUAUGGAAAAUGUGGGGAAAUCAAUGAUGUGCUGAAUAUACUUCCUCCAGUUCCUAAGCGGUCUCGAUUAUCAUGGAAUAUAUUGAUAUCAUCUUUUGCCAGGCAUGGGCAUUUUGAAAAAGCUAGGGAAGCUUUCCAGGAAAUGCUAAAACUUGGGUCUCAACCUGACCAUGUGACUUUUGUUUCUCUUUUAUCUGCAUGCAAUCAUGGGGGUCUAGUGGAUGAGGGUCUUGCACACUUUGCUUCAAUGACUAAAAAGUUUGGGGUACCUCAUGGGAUAGAGCAUUGUGUAUGCAUAAUCGAUCUUCUUGGACGAGCAGGAAGACUAUAUGAAGCUGAAAGUUUUAUCAAAGAAAUGCCUGUCCCACCAAAUGAUCUUGUCUGGCGAAGCUUGUUGGCAGCGUCCAGAAUCCAUGGUAAUCUGGAGCUUGGGAAGAAAGCAGCCAAACAUCUUGUCAAAUUGGAUCCAUCAGAUGACUCAGCUUACGUUCUUUAUUCAAAUGUCUGUGCUGCUACUGGGAGAUGGGAGGAAGUAGAGAAUGUCAGACGGCAAAUGCAUUCAAUCAAAGUAAAGAAAAAACCUGCAUGCAGUUGGGUCAAGUUGAAAAACAAGGUGACUACAUUUGGCAUGGGAGAUCAGUCCAACCCACAAUUCAAGCAGAUAUAUUCAAAGCUAGAAGAACUUAUGAAGAAGAUUAGAGAAGCAGGUUAUGCCCCUGAUACAAGCUUUGCAUUGCAUGACACAGAUGAAGAGCAAAAAGAGUACAACCUUUGGAACCACAGCGAGAGACUCGCCCUUGCAUUUGGGCUGAUCAAUACUCCAGAAGGUUUAACUGUUAAAAUUUUUAAGAAUCUUCGUGUCUGUGGUGAUUGCCAUUCUGUUUACAAGUUUGUCAGUAAAUUAGUUGGGCGGGAGAUCAUAUUAAGGGACCCUUAUCGGUUUCACCAUUUUAAGGAUGGAAAAUGUUCUUGUGGUGAUUACUGGUAGUAAAACUGCUGAAAUGGCUGUGUUGAGGGUAAUGAAUUUAGGGCCGAAGAUUGACUCUGUUAAUUAUAGUUAUAGAAUUGAAGCAUAGAGCACCCAUCCGUGGUUGUGGAUUACAAGGUCAGUUAUUCUUUCUCAUUUAUUUGUAGUAGCCAGGGGCUUCGGUUUCUUUAUAGAUCCCUCCAUUCGUUUAAUUGAAAUCGUGGACAUGAAAUUCGACUGAUUUCUUGUCAAGCUACCAUUAUGACAAUAACAAUUUUUUCCUUCAGUCUACAUCAUGAUCUUGAUGGUCUUUUAAAGUCUGUCACGUUUUAGUGAUUCAUUUCUCCUUUUAAUUUUGGGAUUUUGUUACCUGGAAAAACAAUGAGGGAUCUUGUUGGAUGUUUUUUAUGAAUGAAGUGGACAGCGGCUGUGCUGGUGAUGCUUA